ACGUGUACUUGGAGAACAGGGCAAGAUCACUGAUCAGGAAGUGAAUUGGCAGUUGGUUAUUUUACCCGAAACGCUGUCAAAACUCCAUCGGAAUGUCUAAAACGCGACAAGCACCUCAGUCGACAGUCCAGCAACAAAUUCAGGAGGACUGGGCCAAUAGAGAAUACAUCGAAGUCAUCACGACAAACAUCAAGAAAAUAGCUGACUUCCUUAAUUCCUUUGAUACAUCAUGUCGAUCGAGAUUAGCUAUGCUGAACGAGAAGCUGACAUCACUUGAGCGACAAAUAGAGUAUCUGGAAGCAAGGGUCACAAAGGGAGAAACCUUGACAUGAGAAACCAAUGAGGUCACUUUUGUAUUUGUAGUCCAGAUAUCAUCUCAGAGUCGUCUUCUACAAGUCGAGCUUCAUUCCAGUCAUCUUUUGUUCAGAUCUAACCAUCUCAAUACGGGCAUCUCCCCGGACCGUAAAUUUCAUUGUGGUCCAGAAAUCAAGCAGAGGCAUCUCCUCCGAGACUAAUCUUCAUUCCAGCCAUUUUGUUUUUUCUUUCAUCUGGGUUUAACUAGCUCCCCAAAUCUUUUGUAGACCUUUCUUGACUCCAUUUUGUACUGGCAGCCUUCGGCUAUGUAAAUAGAAACAUGGUUGGAAGAACAUUUUCCAUUUUCGCCUCCCAGUGUGAAGAGGGAGGCAUUUAUAGCUUUGGUAGUGUGUUGUUAAUGCACUGCGUGUGGUAGUUGCAUGAUUCUUUUGUAAUUCCGGUAGAGUCUUUCAACCCAAAACUUACUGAGCAAAACUGUGAAAGAGCUAAAGGAAGAUUGAUGGCAAACUACUGUGGCAUAAAUAAUGUUUUUUUAAUAAUCACCUUACUGGCAUCUGUCUUGCCAGGCAAAAAUGACCGCCUCCUUGAAGGUCUCAGCAUGUAAAGUCCUAGGGCCCAACCCAUGCCAACAUUAACAAAGCUGUGAACUCACACAAUUACCCUGCACGGAAAAAAAAGUUGUGGCCAGUUGUCAGCACUUUGCCAUUUUGAGUCCAUGGGGGGUGCAGGGCUGUUCUCAAGAGAAUAGUUCAACAAAAAACAGAUAGUGGAAAUAAGCUUUAAAGCCCCACAUAAAUUAGAACCCAUGUUGUAGACAGCUACUGUAAACAUAAACUAUCGUUUCCUCACAUACACCAUUUGUGAAUUAAGACUACUCAAGUCCUGAGAUUUGAUUUCUGAUUUCUUUGUUUUCCGCUUUAUUAAUUUAUUGCAUUUUCGUAUUUAAAUGUUACAAGAAUUCUUUUUUUAAAUAAAGGGGCUCUUUAACAUCUAUUGAGCAGGAAUUAGAUCAUUUGUAACUUUUACUAAAUAAAAAUCCCUAUGUUUAGAAAUCUGGUACAUUAUUGUGAAAGUGUAUAGAAAACCGAGAAAAAACAAAGACAUUGUAAAGACAUGUUAAAGGUCUUUGUUUUCGAGGCAGGGCAUUAAUCCAAACUUUGGGAUGUAACCACUCUUUUAUCAAAUUGUUUGUGGGCGAUUCCAUGAAACAGGUAAUGUGUCAUUCGGUUACUGGGUUUGCUAUCAUUCACAGUUCACAGACGAAAAGAAGUUUCGUCAAAUAAAAAAAGUGAAAAUUUAAGGUAACAUUACAGCCUAUUAUUCCUGCUUUAAUUUACCUUGCUGAUGAACUGUGCAGAAAAAUAAGCUCAUUGGUGUGAUGCCACCAAAGUUUGCAUGGAGUUGUUCCUUGUGAUAACAAAUAUUGCAUGUGGUUUGGGUUUAGGAGAAUGUACAUAUGUUGAUGCUGAUCAUUGUCACUACAUUGGAUCCUUGUUACAGAAACUGAAGGAUUAACUUACUGUUCCAACCCAAAAUAUUGAAAUAACAACAUAAAAGAUUUAAAAUUUU